CUCACUAAAACACUAUUGGAAUUCACAUAAGCGAAAUCUCUACCAUGCACCUUGUUACCUACAACUCAUCCAUUAUCAUUACCAACCUGAGGUAUUAUGCAAUCAUGACACGAGCCUGAGAUGAGAUUUUCCCCAAACUGCGACGUACAACCACGAACGGCGAUUGUCCUCGACCCCGUACCGUCCCUUCCGCAAACUUCUUAGCGUCUCAGACGGUCGAGCUGCGCCUCGCCCUGCGGCACCUCCAUCAAACUGGCUCCUUGCGAAUACGACCAGAUCGUUUGUCAGAGAACUCUUGUUGUCGUUGGAUUGUCUCGAGACUGAGCACAACAAGACCGUUUUUUUGUUGGGAGGUCGAUAUCCUCAUCCAACUGAUCGCCUAUCGUCGCUCGCUGUAAAUCACUUUACCCCGCCGCUGAGCUGCUGCACUCGACAUAUUCGGGCCACCUGCUGGUGGUCAACACACCACGAUGCCUGAAGCAAAUCUGCCUGCAGAGCCCAAUCUUCGAGUCACGAUCAUUGCGGCUGACGGACUGUACAAAAGAGAUGUCUUCAGAUUCCCCGAUCCAUUCGCGGUCGCGACCAUCUCUGGAGAGCAAACGAGGACCACCUCGGUCAUUAGAAAGACAUUGAAUCCCUACUGGAACGAGUCUUUUGACAUGAAAGUUACAGAAGACAGCAUCCUUGCCAUACAAAUAUUCGACCAGAAGAAAUUUAAGAAGAAGGAUCAAGGGUUUCUCGGCGUCAUCAACAUCCGCAUCGGCGAUGUCAUUGAACUUGAUAUGGGCGGAGAUGAAAUGCUGACUCGGGAUCUUAAGAAGUCUACUGACAAUCUCGUCGUCCAUGGCAAGUUGAUCAUAAAUUUGUCCACAAAUCUGAGCGCGCCAGCCCCCAAUCCCCAAGCCAAUCGGCCAACACCGAGCAGUGCCUCAAGCAUCAACGGUUCAGCGUCGCUUGGCAGCAGCACAAACGUGAACCAAACUCUGCCCGUGCGGUCAAGGAGCCCUGCACCGUCGCGAACUGCGACUUCAGGGUCGGCAGAAGCGAGAGCUUCAGCUACCGCCCUGAAUGGAGCUGGACCACAAGCCUCAACCAAUGGAUCUGGACGGGCGGGAGGUUUCAGUUCAUUCGAAGACAGCCAAGGACGCUUACCAGCCGGCUGGGAGCGUCGGGAGGACAAUCUGGGCCGAACUUAUUACGUGGAUCAUAACACCAGAACCACCACUUGGACUAGACCAUCAAAUCACAUGAGUGAGACCGAAGUUCGCAAUCGUAUCGACGCCAACAUGCAAGUUGAACGACAACGACACCAAAAUCGCAUGCUUCCAGAGGAUCGCACCGGCGCCAAUUCGCCAAAUCUGCAGGAGUCCCGCACUGGUUCUCCCUCCCAAAAUUCUGUGGCAAUGAUGGCCACCGGUGCGACAACUGCUGGCACCGGAGAGCUUCCCGCUGGGUGGGAAAUGCGACAUACUCCAGAAGGUCGUGCUUAUUUCGUCGACCACAACACGAGAACCACGACCUGGGUUGAUCCCCGGCGACAACAGUAUAUUCGCAUGUAUGGCAACAACCCUGCUGGCAACAACACCACCAUUCAACAACAGCCAGUAUCGCAAUUGGGUCCCUUACCUAGUGGCUGGGAAAUGCGACUGACCAACACUGCCCGGGUAUAUUUCGUGGAUCAUAACACCAAGACAACAACUUGGGAUGACCCACGCUUGCCAUCCUCUCUGGACCAGGGCGUACCGCAGUACAAGCGAGACUUCAGAAGGAAACUUAUCUAUUUCCGCUCGCAACCUGCAUUACGAAUCUUGUCUGGCCAAUGCCAUAUCAAAGUCCGGCGUGGCAAUAUUUUUGAGGACUCGUAUGCUGAAAUCAUGAGACAAAGCGCUACCGACUUGAAGAAGCGCUUGAUGAUCAAGUUCGACGGCGAAGACGGUCUAGACUAUGGUGGUCUUUCACGCGAAUUCUUCUUCUUGCUUUCACACGAGAUGUUCAACCCAUUUUACUGUCUAUUCGAAUAUUCCGCCCAUGACAACUAUACCCUUCAAAUCAACCCACAUUCUGGCAUCAACCCCGAGCACCUGAAUUACUUCAAGUUCAUUGGCCGUGUAGUUGGUCUUGCCAUCUUCCACCGGCGAUUCUUGGACUCCUUCUUUAUCGGCGCUUUCUACAAAAUGAUGCUGAGAAAGAAAGUCCAAAUUCAGGACAUGGAAGGUGUGGACGAAGAGUACCACAAAAACUUGACGUGGACCCUGGAGAACGAUAUCACCGACAUCCUUGACCAAACCUUCUCAAUUGAAGACGAACAGUUUGGAGAGACUAAGACCAUUGACCUGAAACCCGGCGGUCGAGACAUUCCUGUUACCAAUGAAAACAAGAGAGAAUACGUGGAGCUUGUGACUGAAUGGAAAAUCGUGAAGCGAGUCGAGGAACAGUUCAAUGCCUUCAUCACUGGUUUCAACGAAUUGAUUCCUGCUGAUCUUGUCAACGUGUUUGACGAGCGUGAACUCGAGCUUCUCAUUGGCGGUAUUGCUGAUAUCGACGUAGACGACUGGAAGAAACACACCGAUUACCGUGGCUACCAGGAGCAAGACGAAGUCAUUCAGAACUUCUGGAAAGUGGUUCGAACGUGGGAUGCAGAACAGAAGAGUCGUCUCUUGCAAUUUGCAACUGGAACAAGCAGAAUCCCUGUCAAUGGUUUCAAAGAUCUCCAGGGUAGUGAUGGUCCAAGACGAUUUACCAUCGAAAAGGCAGGUGAGAUCAACGCUCUGCCAAAGAGUCAUACCUGCUUCAACCGUCUGGAUCUGCCUUCUUACAAGACUUAUGACGUUCUCAACUCGAAACUCUCUACAGCCGUCGAAGAGACUCUGGGCUUCGGCCAGGAGUAGGACCAACCAAUUGAUCUCUUGUACAGAUCUACCAUGUUACGACAGGUGGCGAUUUCGCUUCAGCACCCAGAGUUAUGGUUGUAUUGGCGGUGAUGUGGCGAUAUACACAAACAGACCGAGGCUGCAGCAUCAACAUCAUGAUGAGAGUUAAGCAAGCAAAGAACCCGUAAUUGCCGUCCAUACGUAUGAUGAAGAUUGCUCUCCAACCUAGGCCGAUCGACUAUGCAGAAGUUCUUCUUAGAGUCUGGGUCUUUAUUUUUGCUGGUGAGAUGGACAGUCAUGUAGUUGUGGAGAGCGAAACUAGGUUUGUCAUUGCACAUAAUGACGGUGGGAUGGAGUUUUGCUGGAUUGUAUUGGCGACGGCGACAAUUCACACAGGAAGAGUCAACAAUCGGGUUUGGUACAACAAUUGAGAAAGCUCUGACACAUGUGUCUUUUCUUUUUGUCACGCAAAGAGACUUAUAAAACUUUUGGUCACUGCACAAACUUGGAGGCGUCGAUAGUGAGUGUACAGGGAGGGCGUCCUGUCUGCAGAAACCAAGAAUUGCAAUUUUCACCUUUUUUGUUUCCUCAAAAA